AAUGUUAGAUAGGUCUAGGUAAAUAGCCAAAAAUAUUCAUCACGUUAUCGAAGCGGUAGCGUCAUUCAAAGUAUGAUUGUGAUUGUGCAGCAUGUAUUUCACAACGGAGGCAUUUCUGCUGGGUUUCUGCUUUUUAAAAGAAAUCAUUUCAAUAACAUCCCACACACAAGAUCCUCCAACUGAAGACCAUUAUGAUAUCACAACAACGUUAAAUAAUUCCAUCGCGGAAUUAUUAAAACAAAAUAUCGACGUACAAACGGUGAAAAAUCUAAUCGAAGAAAUGAAGUACCACAGAAGCACCUACGAAAUGGAAAACACUCUCAAGCAGGAACCAUUCCAAGACAGGAUUUUUUUCCACAACAUCGAAAUACGAAGAAUAACGAGCGAUAAAUUGACCGAGCCUGAAAUAAAAACUGCGAAACCGUCCAUAUUAUACAAUUUUACCACAAAUGAAUUGGAGCUAAGGAGUACGAAGUUAUUGUUCAGAAUAUACGGAUACAUAGGCAUUGAGCCACAGAAGACCAAUGCUUGGUUUCGAGCUAGAUUAGAAUACAAAGAUGCCAGAGUAAUCGUAAGAAGAUGCGAAGAAGAAUUUACAAUCAGAAUCGAAGGAGAUGUGGUCGAUAAUCAACUACGACUACAACAAUGGGACUACGACGAAACCAACAUAAGCUCUCCGUACAUCCUGCUAGAAGAGCUGAUAAAAGGAAUAGAACCCUCUUCAAAAGUACACAUAGCUCAGAACGUACGAGAAACGCUGAUAAAUAAAACAAAACUCCUGAUACCUUCCUUAAUAAUCGAUAACAUCAACGGUAAUAAAAAACUGAUGCCUCUUCUAACUGAAACUUUUCAUCGACUACCCAAUCAGAAUGAAAUCAUUUCAAACCGCGUUGUCGACCUGAAAGACAACGAAGAACAGUAUUACUUCUUCAUACCGAAUUUUUCCCUGCUCGGGUUCGAUUUGACUAACAUCAAGAUUCGAGGCCUCUGGAAUUACCAUUCGUUGCUAGUUCAACCAAACGGCGAGCUUGAAAAUACCAAUCGUACUUCUACUCGUAGUACUUUAGUGGUUAAGAAUAUCGAAGGAAGCAUGAACUGGGAUCAUGGAUUGACAGAUGUGCCCCCUUUGAAAAUGAAUUUCAGCGCAAAUCAGUUAUCGAUAACCUUGGACGAGAAACGUAAAUCCAUAAGUGUUCGUAUGCUCAUGUAUCGAGUAACUGGGAUGAGCCUGAGAAUAAGAAUGUUCAAAGUGCUUCAUUUAUCGAAAUUAUCGCAUUGUACAGAGCUGCUGUUUGGAGCAGUUGUUGGGUCUUCGAUAAUGCCAUCGAUACGAAGUCAAGAAUCAACCGAAUUAAAAAUAGACACUCCAAAUGUGUACAAAGAAACGUUGAACUGGUUCAGACAAAUGGCCACCGAUACACCAAAGCGAUCGAAUCUAACAACAAUUAAAUUAGCAGAUAUCAAUUCGCCCUUGGCGCACAAACAAAUACCGACCAAGAAAAAACUGAAACUUAAACUUACAACCAUCCAAAAAACAGACAUAGAUUCAUCGUCGAUUUCCUUCAAUCAAAAAACUAUCGAUACCGAGGAGAAAAAUUACGCUCUUGAACCAUACAAUUACCACAUUUCAUUUCCAAAUAUCACCAUUAAAUUAGUAUCAACAAAUCCUCAAGCAGCUAAACAACUCCAAUGCGAAUUUUUCAAUAACUCCCAGAUUACACGUCACAUAGAUACUAUGUUGACAGGAACACUUCAUUUGAACGGCAGCGAGGGUAAAUCGUUGCCUUUAAAUUUCCACUGUGAUUUUAAGGGUGUAAAUUUUGCAAUUGUGAAGCCCGAUAGCCUCGACAAAAAUGGCACUUGCGAAUUUCAACUAAGCCCAGAUCAAGAUAUCGAAGUUGAAGUAUCACCCACGGAAAAUAGUACAACCUUAACCGAAGAUGAAUUGAAUUUGAAGAGGAAAAUUGACACUGCGUUGAUCACGAUGGCAACGAUGAAACAACGUAUCGUCAGCAACAUGAAAUCCAUAGUUUGUUAUCCACUGGAUGUGUGUACUCAAUCGGUGAAACUGGUCGAUGAUUUUGUUCAGCGUUUUAUCGACAACGUAUUGAGGAAAUGCUUACUUCGAAAGGAUGAAAUAACGAUAACGUGAUGAUCUGAGAACUACGAACAUUUGAUUUCAAGUGAUUCAAAGUGAACUAAAUGCCUUUCAUUAUUGUAUUAUUAGUUGAGUAUUUUUUUUUUGAUGUGUGUGUUUUUCAAUAAUAUAUUGUUGAAUUAUUUACAAACUGAUGAGCAAAUUUCGUAUGAGUGUAACAAGGUUAUAUUUUUGUGUCGUAAAAUUUGACGUGGAGGUGUUUUUUUGAGUGGGGGGGGGGGUCUUUCCAUUUGCGUGACUCAUGAUCCGCGUCACGCUGACUUUUGAAAACUUGAAAAAAAAAAAAAUCAUUUCUGACAUUACCUACGUCAGACUUUUAGAAACUUGGAAGGAAA